UCUACAGAAUUCUUUUGUAAAGCUGUGGCCGAUGUGGCUUUCAUUGUAGAUUCUUCGGGAAGUAUUGGUAGAAGAAACUGGGUAAAAAUGCUUCAAUUCCUUAAAGACAUGGUGAAAGCUUUUGAUGUUGGUCGCCAAAAGACUCAUAUCGCUGUGGUCGCUUACAGCACGAAUGCCAAUGUCGAGUUCAGAUUUAACAGGCUCAUGGGAUCUGCAGUAUCAGAGGAAGGUUACUACGGACUAAUCGACAGGAUUAGGUUUCAGAGAGGCUAUACCUUUAUCGACAAAGCACUCAAGCUAGCCAAUGAACAAAUAUUUUCAACUAAUUUUGGAAUGAGGCCUGCUUUGCCGCAGGUAUGA